AUGGCAAAUAAUAUACUAGAUCCAAUCUUUAGAUUAUACGAUCCGAUUCGUUAUUCAUUUAACAAGAAAAAAGAGGAUUAUAUUAUCAUCUCACCAACUGUUGGUUCUAAAUUCCAAUUGAAUGAUGGUGGUAGAAUUACCUUCGAAAUAAAUUCAUUAUCGAAUUGGUUGCUUCUUUCCGAUGAACAUCGUGUACCACAAACAAAUACAACGUUAGAAAACAAAUUCUUUCCAUCUUUAUUUAGUGAGAUGGUUUUGGAAGCUGGUUCAAAUCCGAUAGAAACAAUUAAACACUCUGGGGAAUUCGACACAAUGUUGAAAACAGUUUUAUAUCCUAAAGAUUUCGAUUCAGUCUCAGGUUGGAUACCCGAUGUUGGCGAUGGAAGUGUUUUAAAAGAAACGGUAAGAAAUCUUGCAAAUGAUGCCGAUUUAGCUAGAGUGAGAGUUGUUGCUCGAAACACGAUAGAAAGAGUAGGACGAUCAGUUAAUCAUGGAUUCGAAAAGCGAGUACUUCAGUACAAUAAUAUUGUUGAGAAUAAUAGAUGGGGUAAUUACGUAAAUUGGAAAUUAUAUCCUUUAUUCGGUCUGUUGGAACACAGAAAAGUUUCCAUAGGCUUACCAUAUAAAAUUCAUCUACAAAGAGAAAUCAACGACGAUUAG